UGGUUUGGUCGCUGAAUAGAUGGCGCAUUUUGCCAUGUGGCGGCUGCUUUUGGCAGCCAGCUGCUUGAGCUGCGGAUCUGGGAGUCGACAGCUGGCCUCGAAGACCGAAAUUUGUGAUGCCUUGUUGAACCCUCCCACAACGACGACUACGACGACUACGACGACCACCACGACGACCACCACGACGACCACGACGGAGUUGACUGCGGCGCCGGAGCUGACGACAGCGCCGCCGCUGACGACGUCGGUCACGACGUAUUCGACGCAGACGCUGACGACGUAUUCGACGCUUACAGAGACCACCACCUGGACGUCGAUCACGGCCACCACCAUCACCUUCACCACCACCACCAAAACCACCUUUGAGCAUGGCCAACUUCCAAUCUUGAAAAAUGAGUUCAAGAAUACCAUUAAAGAAGAUGGCAAGUUACUGGUGAAAGACCUCAUGUCGUGGCUCGCAACACGUUUGGUGGCACUCUUCGUGGGGUUGGCACUUUCAACACCUUUGCUGAUGCUGAUCAUCCACCGGUGCUCCAAGAGAUGUCGAUCUUGCACAAAUCGACUGAAAAGAAUGCAGUUUCGUGGGUGUACCGUGUUCAUCUUGCUGGUCACGCUUCUGUUGGCAGGGGGUGGAUCGCUGAUUCUAGCCUUCGAGGUUUUGGAUUCGGUGAGCGUAACCAUCAUAGAUGUGAGGGACUACUAUUUGAAGGACUUUGUCAGGAACAUUCUGCAAGACAUCUUAGCCGAGACCGUGAAGUUUGACUUGACAACGUUCACCACGUCUCGCCAAGAGCAGCUGAAUGCCACCCUGUGUAACCCCACGGAUGACAGAUUUGUGAUGCAUAGCUUAACCGCCAGUGCGGUCCUUGAUGGCUCCGAACUUCUGCGGGCCAACCUGGCACACAAGGUGGACAUUCCCCCGAUGUCCCUGGGUCAACUGGUGGUCGAUUACCAGAUGCUGCCCAACCCGGGUGGCAUGUUUGGUGGCACCUUGAGUGUGGUGGCUGGCAGCUGGAUUUCUCAUCAACUUGGCACUGAGGACGUUGCUUUGAUCUCCGUGUUACUGAAUAUAGAUUGCAAUGUGCGGGACAGUCGGGCUACUGUGGGGAUGAAGAUCAACGCCCCAUUGUUGCUGAGCCGUCUACCGAACUCAUUCCAUCUGCUGAAUCCGGAUUCCCAGACGAAGGUC